AUGGCUGCAUCGAAUGAUAAUGAUAACGAUGAUUUUUUCUACAUUAAAUCACCUGACUACCAGCGCCUACAACACGUACGAGAAGAAGCUGCUCAACAUUGUGCUAAGGAAAAUAAAAAACUUUUAAGCCAAAAGGAAGAUCUUGAGAACUCCAAAGGUGAAACAGUGGCAAAGACGAAUUCAAUUUUAAGUGAAAGUGCCAAACAAAUAGAACAACUCGAACAACAAGUUGAUCGUAUUAAUGAUCUUGAAAAUUCGAAGGCCGAAUUAUUAAUGCAAAAAUUAGAACUUGAGCAACAAAUUGAACGAGAAGAAGAAAAUAUGGUGAGAUGUGAAAAUGAAAAAAUUACAUUUGAACAUGAAAUACAAGAACUCAACAAAGCGAAAACUAAAUAUGAACUUGAAGAACAACAACUGAAACAACAAUUACACGAUAUCAAAGAACGCGAGACUCAAAUAGUUACGCAACAAGGUUAUUUAGAAAUGUCUCUAAUAGAAUUACAACAACAUAUCGAACAAAUUCGGCAAGAAUUAAAUACAAAAGAAGAACAACUGAAAGAACAAGAACAUAGACGUGAGGAAUUAGAAAAACAAAUCGAAAAACUUCAUCAAGAAAUGGGAAAUAUUGAAACAGAAAUAAAAAAUAUGACGACAGAAAUUGAAAAGAUUAAUGAACUUACCAAUGAACUCUGGCUCAAGCAGAAGGAUUUACAAAAUCAAUUCGGACAACUUCAGUCAACUAUUCAAGAGUUAGAACGAGUAUUAAAACAGAAAGAAGCUGGCGUUGUUCAACUUGAAACUCAAAUUCAAGAAUAUCAACGUAACAUCGAUAAAUUAGAAGAACAAACUGAAACACUUCAUCAAGAAAUCGAAAGACUUAAUGAGAAUGUCGAACAAUUGCGUGAUGAACUUUCCCCAGCAGUACAAACUUUAGAGCAAUUGACAAGUCAACGUAAGGCAUUCGAAGAUGAAAAACGACAACUUGAAAAAACUUACCAGUCGAUGGAAGAUGUACUGGUGGAUCAUCAAAAUCAGCUAAGUGUUCUAGAAAGAAAAAUGCAAGAUACACAACAAUUACUUGAUCGAGCACAAGGCAAAGUCAACGAACUCACUGCAUUGGAACAAAGCAAAAAA